AUUCUAUCCCUCAGUAUUCUUUUGCCAGAACAAGCACUUCAGAAGGAAUUAUAUAGCAGACAUCCAUGCCUCCAACGUCUGCCAAAUCGGAGACGCCGGAUUUGGCUGCCGGAAUCGCGUACUGGGAAGCACUCCCACCUACGCUCGACACAGUUCUGGGAGGGCUAGCAGCCUCGUCACUCCCGCUUGUCGAUGCAUUAUCUUCUCGUCAGCUUUUGUUCGCCGAAUUCCCUGAACUUCACACCUUUCCGACUCCGCAUCAUCCCUUCAAUCCUCCGCCGGUUCUACCCACACCAGAGUCACGAGCACUCGAAGUCGGCGCUGGAAUCGGCCGAGUGACAUCGAAUGUACUCUUAUACAUGUUUACCUAUGUCGACAUGGUUGAACCUGUCGAGUCGUUUCUCCGCACUGCAAUCGCUGAAAGCUCGAGCUGGAAGGGCAUCAAAGAGGAGCGGAAGGGCGUGCGCUUCAUCAAGGCUCCGCUGCAGGACACCACACUGUUUUCGGUCCCAAGUUCCGGAGAUGCAAGAGUGCUCGCCUCAGUCGGAAAGAACCCACCUGAAGACCAAAUUGGCUACGAUGCCAUAUGGUGCCAGUGGUGUCUCGGGCACUUGUCUACGAAGGACCUAGUUACGUUCCUCCAGCAAGCCAAACGAUCCCUCAGAACCAUGGGAUGCAUUUUCAUCAAAGAAAAUGUGUGUGCGAACGAGGAGGACGGAAGUGCGAGAGAGGUAUAUGAUGCACAGGACUCUACUGUCACCAGGUCGGGUUCAUCGUGGAUGAGAGCUUUCGUGUCCGCAGGAUUGAUGCUGAUAAGGGAUGAAGAACAGCUAGGUUUUGCAGCGGACUUAUAUGAUGUUAGAAUGUACGUCUUACAAUGAGGUCACUGACCCCUAUUGCUGCACGCAAAGUCAAUGUGUUAAACUUCGAUCAAUAAGCAUGUA